CGUUAUCAGACAAGACUAUUGUCCAGAAUUUUAGAUAAUCCACGGAGGGCAUUUACUACGGUACUAAGUAGAAGUACUACCGACCUCAUUUAAAAUGUGUAAGUCGUGCCUCUUGGUAGUACUUUAAACUUCAUCUGCUGAUCAGCGAUGAGUAAGAUGCAUGUUAAAAGGCGUCCAUCGGUGUCAAGUGCUAAGUGUAAAUAAAUUGUUUAUAUAUCGAGAAUAACUUUUCCGCAUGGCUUACCAUAGCGUUAGGUAUACAAAUGUUGAAGGAGGGCUAGAAAUCUACCUAGCCGACAAAAUGGUCGCAGAACAACCUGGGGAUACAAGUUCACAUUUUUAUGGACAGAAAGAGAGCGCCCCAUCUAAAGAAAACGAGUCUGAGACAAGGAGCAUCGUUCUGUCACCAUGGAAACGACGUUUUCUGAAGUAUCGUGCUCGAGCGUUAUGGCUGACGCUGUUUUUUCUGUAUACCACAUAUGUAGUAUUUUCGUUAAUGCACGAUUCAAGCGGAGCAAUAUUUGUUUGUUUACUGGAGGCGGUGUUUCUCUUUAUGAUCAUCUUUAAGGUCUUUAAAGUGGACAUUUGGGAGCCUGUGACCUCCUUGCAGUCGAAAUGGGUCAGUCGUGUUAAAAAGCCCCGGAGGACGAAAGUCAGAAUAAUCGCCACAGUGUUGGUGUCUCUGGGCGUGGUCAUCUUCCUGGUGUGGGACAUUUGGUCCAAUGUCCAGAGAUUCAUACCUGUUGGGGGAAUAGCGCUGUUCGUAAUAUUUCUAUGGGUCACUUCUUCCUCGCCCAAAAAGGUUCCAUGGAUGACCGUGACAUGGGGGAUCCUGCUCCAGUUUGGGAUGGGGGUCGUAAUUCUGAGGUGGCCCCCGGGAUACGCUGCCUGUAAAUUUCUGGGGGACAGCGUCAGUCAGUUUCUGUCCUACACAGACGAAGGAUCUAAGUUUGUGUUUGGUGACCCUGGGUACACGAUGCAUCCUGUUGCUUUCGUGAUUCUUCCCGUUGUUAUCUUCUUCAGCGCUGUUGUAUCCGUUCUUUACUAUCUUGGCAUCAUGCAGUUUGUAAUCCGUGCCAUUGCCGCCGUUCUGCGAUUUUUGAUGCAGACGACACCGAUUGAAUCUUUUGCUACUGCUGCCCACAUAUUCAUUGGUCAGGUAGAAUCGAGUGUCAUUUUGAAACCAUUCUUGAAUGACCUGACAUCCUCCGAAUUACAUGCAGUUCUUACCAGCGGCUUUGCAACCGUAGCUGGGACCGUGAUUGCUGCGUAUAUUGAAUUUGGGGUGCCCGCGGAGCACGUCAUAUCGGCGUCCUUCAUGUCAGCACCGGCUGCUCUAGCGGUUGCUAAAAUUGCAUACCCAGAAACCAAACCUGCCAAGUUCAAUAUCGGCAGAGACAUGGAAUUAGAAGUCGGAAAAGAACGCAACAUCAUGGAAGCCGUGUCGGUUGGAGCGAUGGGCGCUGUGAAGUUAAUUGCAAACGUCGUUGUCAAUCUUGUUGCUUUUGUCGCCAUUCUUGCUUUUCUGGACGCCACCUUGUCUUACUUUGGUAGCCGUGUUGGACAUCCAGAAUUAUCUUUUGAUUUUAUCUGUUCAUAUGUAUUUAUGCCUCUUGCGUUUGUUAUGGGCAUACCUUGGGCUCAGUGUCGUGUAGUAGGAAAACUCAUCGGGAAAAAGAUAGUAAUCAACGAAUUCCUGGCUUUUGCAGAUCUUGGGGAAUAUAUAAAGACAGGCAGUAUUGAGGGUCGCAGUGUGGUUGUGUCUACCUACAUUCUGUGUGGGUUUGGCAGUAUAGCCGCCAUGGGGAUCAAUCUUGGCGCGCUCUCGGCCGCAGAACCUCGCAGACGAAAUGAAAUUGCCAAAUUGAUGCUGCGUGGUGUGGUGGCCGGCAAUAUUGCUUGUUUUAUGACGGCCUGUGUUGCUGGCAUUCUUUAUCAAGAUGUCCAAAUCUUGCAGCCGCUUACCAACACUACCAAUGUAUUGAAUUCUACUCUACAAAAUGUAACAAAUAAUAAUUUCACCAGAACGUUUUAGAUGCCUUUUAACUGUCCAACAUUUUACAGCAUGUUAAAUGAAAAAGUUUUCGCUGCAUAUCAUCACCGUUGUUUAAACUUUACACCCAAGAAGUGUCUUAUAUUUCACAUUCAGUGUUUUUUUUUUUAAACUCUUAAACUUCUGUGUUUUGGGAAAGUGUCAGACUACAUUUAGUAGUCGCAUUGCAUGCAAAUUUCAAUUGAUGAAAUAAGAUAUGCCAUAGUGAAGGGGAUGGUUGUAAUCAGACUGCACCUGAAAGUUACGGAACUGUCAAAGCAGUGAAUAUUCCUAGAACUUGUUUUCGUUUUUGAUGACUGGAUUAUAAAUUAAUUUCAACACUUUA